CAGUGCCUCAAGGUGUUCUGGGUAUUUAGCUAACUCAUUUUCCUUCCAGUCCGCGUGUAGGUUGCAGAAUAUAUUCCCUGCCUUUUAUAGCUAUACUAGUUAAAUACACUGCUUCGUCAGAACUAUGUCUUUCAGUUUCAACUUCGACGUGCAGUUGACGACAAAGGGGCAACAAGGUGAAGAAAGUCAAUCACAAACUGGAAAGCAGGAUUAUGCAGUCAAACCUGUGCCCGGCAACAACACCACCACUCCAGCAGAAACUGUCAAAGCAGCUGUUGAACACCAUCCCCCUGCAGAUCCCCACUUUCUCCUCAACGAUGCUGUCUCUGAGACUGUUAUCAUAGGAACGCUUCCACCCCUCCACUUCCUGAAUGAGUCUGUGUUCGAGCGGACGGCCAGCGAGCGAGAUGACGACGAGAGGAUCCUGUCGCGGACCGCCGCCCAGAGCUCGGACCUCAUCUCCGGGGUGUACGAGGGAGGGUUGAAGGUGUGGGAGUGUACCUAUGACCUCCUGGAGCUUCUAGAGAGGGAGGGGGAGACGUUCGGGAGGAAGAUGGUUCUGGAUUUGGGCUGUGGUGCUGGACUGCUGGGCCUACUGGCGCUAAAGAGCGGAGCAAGUCAGGUCCAUUUCCAGGACUAUAAUAGUACUGUUAUAGAACAGCUCACACUGCCUAACGCACUGCUCAACUGUCAGGUGGAAGGGGAGGAGGAAGAAGUGAAGGGAAAGAAACGGGGGCUGCAGGAGGAGGACGAUGAGACAAUUAUAGAAGAGGACAAAAUGAAAAAGGAUGAAGAGGCAACGUCCGAUGAGGAGAAGAAUGAACAGAAAAAAGAGGGAGAGGAUGGCAGCCCGUUGCCCAAGAGGCAAGCCCUGGACCUAUCCCAGCAUUCGAAGCUGACCUGCUGUCGUUUCUUCUCGGGCGACUGGACAACGUUCCUAGCGCUGGUCCUCAAGGAAGACCUGUUCCCUAAAUAUGACAUCAUCUUCACCUCAGAGACCAUCUACAACACGGCAUACUACUCAGCUCUUCACGACACCCUCCACAGACUGUUGGCCCCGAGGGGAGUGGUCUACCUGGCCACCAAGGCCCACUACUUUGGGGUGGGGGGUGGGCUGCUCCUAUUUGAACAGUUUAUAGAGGACAAGGGAGUGUUUGAUAUGGAGAAACUGUGGGACGUGGACCAGGGGCUACAGAGACAUGUUGUGGCCAUGCACUUCAAAACAACAAACAAGUCUUGACUUUUUACUUUGUGUAGUUUCACAGAACUAAAAAGGAUAAUAUUUUUCAAAUUAAUUUCUACUCAAUGCACCUGGAACUUCUAUGCUACCUAAGGUGUGCUAACAUCAGUCAGUUUCAAAAACUUUUUCCUAUAAAGAUCACCUGUGUGUCAAUUGGGACAAAGAAACAGGACUUUCACAUAAUUUAAAUGACCGUAUGUUUGAUUGUUUGACAGAUAAUGAAAAUACAUAGAAUAUUUAAGACUUUCUGUAGGUCUGUCAGCCUGGCUUAUUUUACCUUGGUGGUAAAACCUUGUAUGUCAAAUACUGGAGAUGAGCUUCACAAAGGCAGAUUAAGGAGGAGUUUGAAUAUUCGCCAGUUGAAGAGGACAACAGGAUAGCUGCACUGAUGGAGGGGAAAGAAGCAGAAGUCUGAUAAAGAAGAUUGAGGAGAUGAGCAGAUAUUCCAUUGUUUCCAUUGUAGUGUGCAAACUAGGCCAAUAUCAAGCGUACCUCAAGUAUUUCAAAGUAUUUUUGCAAGUGUAUUUGGUGCAGGUCGGUUUUUAACAGGACAUAAGUGGUAGUUGAAGUAGGUGCAAUAUACUACCCGAACGAAGAUACCGUUUCAUGUCAACUUUACCCUUUGUUCACAUCUCUCUAACUUUCUAUAUUUAUUUAGAAUAGGGCUAGUGCAUGAGAAAGGUGGAAAGGAAAUAAAGGUCUUUAUAGGGGGUAGGGAAGAGGAAAGGAAAUGGGCUCAGUGACCUUUGCAGGUGAUUCCCAAAGUGUUCAAAUAGCACCAUGAAAGCUAGACUUGUUUCUGAAGUCCCCUGCAAAAUGUCAAUUGCGACUUAUCUCAUCUGCGUAAGGACGAGGUCUGAAAGUGGAGUCCAGUGUAGUGUAGCACAUCUAUUCUGCAGUAGGGCUUUGUGUUUCUGUUCACCUUUUCACAUUUUGUUGCCCAUCAGUAUUAUUUUGUAUACACUUUAAAGACUUGGCAAUGUCAUGUUACAAUCUAAUGUUAUCAAAGAUAGACGCAUAUCAAAAUGUCUUAUGUGGCAUGUCGAGUGCCCUGUUUCAUCCAAUAAGAUUAAGAUUACUUUAUUGGUCAAUUCCAACUGAAAUUUGACUUCCCCUGUUUCCACCAACCCCUCAGAAAGAUACACAUACAGUGCCUUCAGAAAGUAUUCAUACCACUUUACUUAUUGAAAACAUGCUUUUAGAAAUGUAUUGAAAAAAUAAAAAAAUAAAAUUGAAUCCAUAAACUUUAGAAGCACCUAUUUUCUAGGUAAGUCUCUUAAGAGCAUUCCACACCUGGAUUGUGCAACAUUUGCCCAUUUAUUAUUUUCAUCAUUCUUAAACUUCUGUCAAAUGAGUUGUUGAUCAUUGCUAUAUAACUGUUUUCAGGUCUUGCCAUUAGUGUUGCAAAGGGUCAGAAACUUUCUGGGAAAUUUUCCAUGGGAAGUUAAGCCCAUGAAUUUUCCUUAAAUUCAUCAAAAACUUAUCUUAUAACAGUGAACUUUUUUUGUGGGAUACACAUAAGGCAAUUCUAGGUCUUGUGGCAUAUUUUGGUUAAACUAUCCCCAAUUCAAUGGAAUUGCAACCCUUUGCAUGCACAGUUCAUUUUUCCAUCAUGUGCAGUGCACUCUUCCAUCACACAUACAGCUGAUUCUCAAGAUCUUGCACACUAAUGAGAUGCUAUUGAGCCCACACUACUACACUGAGGCAAUGACUACAUGCCUUCUGGUAAGUUUUGAUUACAAUACUGGGUGAGGUGAAUAGCUUUUAUGACACAGAUCAUUUUUUGUUUACUAGUAAAUAGUAGCCUACAGCAAAGUGUUUAAAUCAUUUCUAACUUGUUAACAGUUUCUGCUUGUUAGUUUUUGCUACCAUGUCGGUUUUAGCUUGCUUGAGCCUGCUAACUGAGGAGUGUUAAUUCACCUGUUUCAUAAAAAUAAAUCUUACAAAGGA